UCUGAGUGAGUUCCAUCAAGCACAGAAGGUUCUGCCUCAGGGUAGAUGCUAUGUUAUAGUGAUUUAAAUUUAGCUUUCUUGUUACGCAGUAAUAUUUUUUCCCCCCCUUACAGGUAUCCGCUGACAAAUUACACAUUUGGUACAAAGGAGCCCCUGUAUGAGAAGGACAGUUCCGUGGCAGCUCGGUUUCAGCGCAUGAGGGAAGAGUUUGACAAGAUCGGCAUGAGGCGGACAGUGGAAGGGGUUCUGAUUGUACAUGAGCACAGGCUGCCCCACGUGCUGCUGCUGCAGCUGGGUACAACUUUUUUCAAGCUACCUGGUGGUGAACUCAAUCCAGGAGAAGACGAGGUAGAAGGGCUCAAACGCUUAAUGACAGAGAUACUGGGUCGUCAGGAUGGUGUUCAGCAAGACUGGGUGAUUGAUGACUGCAUUGGUAACUGGUGGAGACCGAACUUUGAACCUCCACAGUAUCCCUAUAUCCCAGCUCAUAUUACAAAACCAAAAGAGCACAAAAAGCUUUUCUUGGUCCAGCUUCAAGAAAAGGCUUUGUUUGCAGUCCCCAAAAAUUACAAGCUGGUCGCUGCACCAUUGUUUGAGCUCUAUGACAACGCACCAGGAUAUGGACCCAUUAUUUCCAGCCUUCCUCAACUUUUGAGCAGGUUCAACUUUAUUUACAACUGAAUUCCUGUAUACCUGAAGAGUCUGAUAGAAGAAGCCGUCUCUGUGAGCACAGCUUUAAAAUGUAGCAGAAAGAAUACGUGUGAUGCAAGGAUUUUUUGGAUGUCAUUCUUUUCCUGAAGGCCACUAAACUUUCUAUUGUAUGAAUAGAGAAGUGAAUCUCAACUGUUUAGGUAGUGGGAUGGCAACGUGGUAUCUGUGUUUUAAUCGCUUUUCAUUGUAAUACUCACCAAAUUUUUUUUGUACUACAUUAAACGAAAUGGUUAAGAUUC